AUGGACAAUAAACAAGUCAAAGAAAUUUACAACUUUAUUGGUCAGAAAAUCUGCAUUGAAAAAUCCAGUGGUGAUAUCACAAGUCCGGCGGCAGUGGCUUUGUGCAAAUUCCUAGAAACACCAGCAGGUCAGGAACAGAUUGUUCUACUUGACCGGACUGUACUAGAGCUGUGUGCAGACACUGGAUUGCUGUCAAUAGUAGCUACAUUAUUGGGUGCCAGAGUAACAGCAACAGACCAACCAGACAACUUGGAGAAUCUAAAAAGUAACUUGCAUCGGAAUACAAGAGGUCGUCAGAGGCACCAACCUGAAGUGACAGCCCUCAGAACUCAUGACCUUGAGCAAAGCUUCCCACAUUCCAAGUGUCAUUAUGAUUACGUACUGGCAGCUGAGGUGCUCUACCACCAUUACACUGAGCUAUUGGUUACCAUGAGACAUUUCUGCCAACCAAGUACAAAUCUGAUCUGGGCUAUCAAAGUGUGUUACCCAUCUGACCUGGUCUUCAUUGAGGACUUUGAAAAAGCUUUCCAUAGCACCAUGCUGGCAGAGCUGGAUGGGGUGAGGAUUUACUUGGCAACUCACAGAGCUACAGCCAACGAAGAUGACCUGAUGAAUAGGAUGAGCACAGAGGAAGAACUGGAAAAGUGUCACACAUCAUGGAACUGGACAGAGGAAGAGAAUUUGACAAGAGAAGAGACACAAAACAACAAAGAUUACAGUGUCAAUGGCAGU